UCCAGGCUGUCCCUGUGUGCUUACAGGAAACCCUAUCCUCCGCUGCCCCACUCCAGCUUCUAUUUCUUUCCCUCCAUUUUUUCUUCUGUUCUUCGAAACCCGCCCUCUCAUCCUACACGAGUUGGACUCACCCAGGACAAUGGCAGCAUCUAUACAGAGACUGAUCUUCUGCAAAAUGACCACUAUUUCUCUGCUUCUCAUCGCUUUAUUCUCAAAUGGAGCCAUUGCACAGGAAGAUGAAGUUGUGACUCAAGCACUGACCACUGUGGGUGUGGCUGAGGCAUAUGUUCGAGGAGAUAUGAUUCCCAAGGCCACUCAAGACCCUGAUGCAGAACAACCACAGGAACAAAUAGAAGUCUUACCUUCCACAGGCCCUAUAGAGGAGACUGAGACCACAGCUGCUCCAGGUGACCAUAGUGGUCCAGCUGCAGCAGAAGAAGACGGACAGGGGCCAGAGGUGGUUCAGACAGAGGGACCUAAAGCUGAGACACCUGCCCCUGCGAGAGGAGAUGGGCCUGCUGAUAAGCCCAAGCCAGUUCCACAAGAUGAUGUCGUCUGUGUUACUAAGGAAGCUGUCCAGGAUAAAAACGCUGUCAAUCUCAAACUCAAGUCAGCCUCCAACUGUGAGGACACAAAAACAAAAAUUGUAAGUGUGCUUGAGGAGCUGUGUGGAGAGGACUGUAAACUGCAGCUGUACCAAGAGGACAACACAGACCAGAUCCUUGUGGCAGGAGACUAUGUGGAAGCUGAUGUUGGAGGCAUGGCUGACAAGUUCAACAAUGACAACAUCAAAGAUAAGACUGAUGUGGAAGAGGCAGCUCCUCGCUGGGGAAAGAGUUCGAAGUUAGUCCUCGUCUCUAUACUGCUGGCUGGUCUGCUUCUAGCUGCUCUGCUGGUGGCUGGAUACUACCUCAAGACACACCGCAAAAACUCCAAAGGUGUCCGACUGGCUGAGUCCUUCCAGGUGGAUCAGGAGAACCAGGCUAACACCCUAGUAUCUGUGGCCCCUCUGCCUCAGGAGCCCUUGGACAAACCCACUGUGAAUGGAGAGUCCCCCCCUCCUGAAAAUGGCACUAGCUCCACCCCCACCACCAACGGACACUCAGCCAAUCAGACCCCAGACGCUGACACGGAGAUGUAAAAAGCCACUUCCUGACACACCCUUAGUCCCUCCCACUCUCUCUUACCACACUCCCUCUGCUGCCUCAUUGACUGUCCACACACUGAGAGAAGACAUCUACGCCCAAACAUACCCCUAAAGCAAACUUGGGAGCAACAAAAUAUCUGACAAUGCCAUUAAUGUGAAACACGUGGGAACACUGACUUUAGGGGGCUCCAAAACCUCUUCUGGGACUGAAAAGUUGACUUGGAUUUUGGUAGCCACCCUCGGUCUAGAAGUAUACCGGUAGUCAAAUCAUUGUAAGAUUAUCAAAAUAUUGUCAUAUAAAUGAAGAAGAAGAUCUCUGAAACUACAAUUAUGGCGAUUUUGUAUUGUUGUUAAAGGGACUGACACUCACCACUUUUAUUUUUGUAUUUUUGAUUUUUGUAUGAGUGAGUGAUUAGGUAACUGUUUUAAUGUACAUGCCAUAAACAAUAAAGAUGUUUCAAAUGUGUCUACAACUCUGAAAUAAAGCACAUCAACACAUUUUAUUUAUAAUGACUUGAAUGUAGGAACUUACAUUAAAUCACAAUUGAUCAUGAGUGGAAAAUAGAUACGUUUACUCAGUUAUCAGUUAAAUUCAAUGUGUUCAACUUUAAAGUCAAGCAAAAGAAAAUAAUAUACUUACUGUACAUUAGAUUACUAUAUACAGUUUUGGGUUUUUUUAAUUACUGAACACAACUGUCAUAUUUUUCUCAACAUUUGUAUGCUAGAAAAUAGUGAGUCUUGUAACUGUCAAACAAUUCUGUGGCUUAUCUAAGUUUACUAGAAGUACACCCUUGUCAAUAUCCACAU